AUGAAUAGUACAGUCUCUGAAAAAUUAGCACAGUUAACUCCAUAUGGGUAUUUACACUCAAAGGUUGCUCCAACCGUCACCUUAACUUCUAAAGAGAACUGGUUUGAUUUUGCCACCGAUGGCCAAUUAGCUUUGUUUUUACCAGUUAUUGCUUAUUGGACGGUUUCUGGAUUUUAUCAUAUUUUAGAUGUCUACAAUUUAGCUGAAAAGUAUAGAAUCCAUCCCCCAGAAGAAAUUACCUCUAGAAAUAAAGUUGGUAGGUUUGAAGUUCUAUACACUGUCCUAUUCCAACACUUAAUCCAAGUUAUUGUAGCUUACGCUUUCUUACAACUAGAACCUGCUCAAACUACUGGUUUUGAAAUGAAUUCCAUGUGGAAAUGGAGACAAGCUCUCCCUUUCUGGGUACCAGAUGUUGCUAUCUACUACGGUUACUCGUAUGCUUUUCCUUUUGCUAAGAUCUUCACCGGCUUCGUUAUCAUCGACACAUGGCAAUACUGGUUGCAUAGAUUGAUGCACGUUAACUCUACUUUAUACAAGAGAUACCAUUCUGUCCAUCACAGAUUAUAUGUUCCAUACGCUUACGGUGCUUUGUACAACGCUCCAACUGAAGGUUUCCUAUUGGAUACUUUGGGAACUGGUAUUGCUAUGAUGAUUACUCAACUGAAUCACAAAGAACAAGUGAUCUUGUUUACUUUUGCUACUUUGAAGACAGUUGACGACCACUGUGGUUUCACGUUGCCAUUCGACCCAUUCCCAAUGAUCUUCCCAAACAACACCAUCUAUCAUGACAUCCAUCACCAAAAUUGGGGUAUCAAGUACAACUAUGGUCAACCGUUCUUUACUUUCUGGGACACUUUAUUCAGUACCGACUAUAAAGGUAUUGAUUCCUACAAAGAAAAGCAAAAGCAAAUUACUUUAGAGAAAUACAAGGAGUUUUUGAAAGAAAGAAAGCAAAAGAAGAACUAG